AUGGCAUUCCUCGAGGAUCCGCGCCUGCGCCAACGCUGGAACCAAAUCACCCACGACGCCGAAGCGGUAACGGAGAAUGCUGCAGCCGGCAUCUGGUCUUUUCAGCAUCACUACAUCAAUCCCUGCUUCUCAUCGAUCGCAAACUCGUUUGAACAAUGCACGGCUGUUUGCCUUGGCGACCCAGAGGAGCGCUUACGUAGGCGCAGGGAACGAGAGCGCACUCGGGGGAGGGCAGAAUACAGCUUCGACUUUUACGACGAUUGGUACGAGGAUGAACAGAAUGGGAGUUUGUUUGGGACUUGGGGAAAUGAAGACUGGGAGAGACUGCUGGCAGGGACCGGCAGUCAACGAAGGAAUACUGGAGAGACUUUGGAGCAACCCCGGAGGAAGCGAGGCAUGAGUUACGGUACUCGAGGCGGACGACGGAAACCUAGCGAGAACGACGACCCGACCGUUAUACCCAGUACCCAACCGAUUGGGUUCCUAAGCAAACUGCCCUGGAAGAUGGGCGGUACUCUGCGAUACAAACCUAGCGCGGCAGAUCUGCAAGACCACCCACAAAGACACGGUGAAGGCGAGGCAGAGCCGUUGCUUGGCUCCGAUGAAGACCACGACCAUGGAAAUCUGCCUACGACUAGGAAACGAAGCGGGACGACAGGGUCGGGAGAUACAUCGGAUUCUUAUCGGUCAAGAGGAGAUUUGUUCCCGAGUGACGGUGAAGGUGAAGAGGAUGCAAUUCCGCUUGAUGACGAGGUUACAUACGAUAUGGUGAGGAAGGACGACAGGAGUAGUGGGCGAAGUGGUGGAAGUGGCCGAAGCGCGAGAACGAUUGGCAAGGGAAAGCGGCCGGCAAUUGGGCUGGCUGGUUCAAGAACUGUCUCAAGGACGACAUUGGUGUCUGUUGCGUCGAGAGAUUCGUUACGCAUGGGUCGCCGAUCCACGUCGUUUCUCGCUGGCUCUGAUAUUGAUGACGUGCCGUCUCUGCAAGAUCUGGAGCGAGAAGAGCAGAUGCUGCAAGAGGAGGAAGAUGAAGAAGUAGCAAGGAAAAAAGAGGCUGCUGCACAACUUGCGGCUGAGAUGGGCCUUGCAGGGACAAGUCCUGGUAUACAAUCAGUGCCUGAACUCAAGCCCGAGGUGGCAGAGGAUGAGGUUUAUGAAGGCGACCCCGGCAAGAAUGUUUCUGAAGAGCGUAUGGAGGAGGUCAGCAAUGAACUUCGUGUGCCCAAGACACGUGAAGCGGAAGAUGCAGCAAGGAGCCCAAAGGCACCACCAGGCGCAAAACCGCCAGAGAACCCGGCGUUUGUGCCAGCGCGUUUACCACACUUUCAAUGA